AUGUGGUCCUUGCUACGUGGAUGAAACUUCCAACCAGGUUCACUGUACAAGUUGCUCCCGAUCAAUAAAUUGGUUUGAAGAAACUCUGACAAAGAUUGGCUACAAAAUUGGUGAUACAUGCGACUCCUCGUGGAAAUGCUUACAUAUUCCAGAAUAUAUCGCCGCUGCAUACCAAGGGACAAUUGGAUUGCUAAUAGAAGAAAUGGGGAGAAAAUUUGGAGACAACUGGUAUAGCAUGGAAAUGCAAUCUGUAGUGACACUACUGACAAUACUAACACCAAGAACGAUUGCUGGGAUCUCCUUUCUGAUUGGCCUUGUCAUCUAUAAGUGGAGAAGGCGAAACUUAUCAAUAAACAAGGGCAUUGAAGAAUUUCUCCAGAGUCAUAAUAACCUAAUGCCUAUAAGAUAUGCAUACUCGGAGGUUAGAAAGAUGACGGAAGGCUUCAAGACUAAACUAGGUGAAGGAGGCUUUGGCUCUGUGUUUAAAGGCAAACUUCGCAGCGGCGGUUUCGUAGCAAUUAAAAUGUUGGGCAAAUUGAAAGAUAGUGGACAGGACUUUGUCAACGAAGUCGCAACCAUUGGUAGGAUUCACCAUAUUAACAUGGUGAGACUAAUCGGUUUUUGUGUUGAGGGUUCAAAGCGCGCUCUUGUAUAUGACUUUAUGCUUAAUGGAUCUCUCGAGAAAUAUAUCUUCUUAAGAGAAGGAACAAAUUGCUCUUUGAGUUUUGAGAAAAUAUUUGAGAUCUCACAUGGAAUCGCUCGUGGUAUCGAGUAUCUUCAUCGAGGUUGUGACAUGCAAAUUCUACAUUUUGAUAUCAAACCUCACAACAUUCUACUGGAUGAGAAUUUUAUUCCAAAGAUUUCUGGUUUCGGACUAGCGACACCAUGUCCAUUAGACAAUUGCAUAGAGUCCUUAACUACUGAAAGAGGAACUAUUGGAUACAUGGCUCCUGAGUUGUUUUACAGAAACAUUGGAGGAAUCUCUCAUAAAGCUGAUGUCUAUAGUUUUGGAAUGUUGUUGAUGGAAAUGGCAAAUAGAAGGAAAAAUGGGUAUGUGGGGGAGGAUUCAAGUGCAACUUAUUUUCCUUUUUGGAUUUAUGACCAAUUUAGCCAGGGGAAGGACUUAGAGAUCAUAGAAGAUGCCGCGGAAGAGGAAUUGAAGAUGAUAAAAAAGAUGGUAAUAGUUGCAUUAUGGUGUAUCCAGAUGAGGCCUUGCGAUCGCCCUUCCAUGAGAUUAGUCAUAGAAAUGCUGGAAACCGAUGUUGAUCACCUACAAAUGCCUCCAAAGCCUUGCCUAUAUCCACAAGAGAACCACAAUAGAUCAGACGAUGAGAGGGAGACAGCAAAUGCAACAUGCUCUUCAUCACCAGAAGAGGACUCCACUGACGCUAGUUUAAUCUCAAAUGCAAUUUAAAUGAUACAAUGUAUUGUAGGAAUAGUACUUAUGGUAUGUUUCAGUUAUUUGGAGUUG